GGCAAAAUCAAAAUAAUAAAUAUUAGACAGAGGUUUUAUAAUAAAAUUAUUGAUGUAGCUAAAGACUACAUGCAUACAACAGGUGUCUCCUAUCGUGUGAACUAAGGACCUUUUACUCUUGUUAUCAUGGCGGAUGUUGAGGAAGGCCCAAGUCGACGCUUGCAGAGGGCACGGCGAAGACAAUCUGCUGAACAGAGGCAGGAUGAACAGGCUAAUACGAAGAAGGCUGGCUGUAAACGCCGCAAACCAUCAGGAACAAAAGUAGAAGAGGACUCAAGUGAGUGGUUUGCCAAUUCCUUCCAGUCCAGCAGGCAUACACUUGGUCCUCAGAAAAAACAUGGUGUUAAUCAAUCUACAACACCAAAGGCCAAAAGACGCAAGUCCUAUGCUCUACAAGAUGAAGACCUGUUCAACACAAGUGAUGCUCUUCUGGCAGAUCUUGACAUUGAUUCCAUAACUAGCCAGCAUAUCUCUCAAAUCAAAACACAGGGACAGAACAGUGGUAAAGAAAAUAAUGACUCUGAACACAUAGGAGGUGUUGAAGCAGAGUUGAAGAAAGCUUUGAAUAAUAAGGUCAGCAAUGGUGAAAUUUUACAAGAUUCGACCAUUGACUCUCAGAGCCAGUAUUUUGUCACAAACCCCAGAUUUAGGAGCUAUAAAGCCACUCAGCCUUUGGAUAGGAAAAAAGUUACAGUGGACAAUAGUCAGACUCAGAUUUCAAGAAAGCCAAAUGAUGAAUCAACGUUUAGCUUUUCAUUUGUUGGAGAGGACACUGUCUGUGAUACAACAGUUCUCUCAGACUACACCCAAACUCAGAAGUGUUCUGUGUGUCAAAAAUCUCAAGGUGUAUGCAUAUGCACAAGAAAGUCUCAAAUUGUUCAGCAAAAUGGGACUGAAAUGAAGCCGGCAUUCAGAUGUACUCCAUAUUUCAAAACUGAUGAUUUAUCCGUGUCCAUUGUGCAAACACAAGAUCUUUCGUCAACCCAAUUGGAAAAUGAUACCAGUGCUAGUCAAAUCAUAUUGACAGCAGUUGAUACAACUCAACUAAAAGACAAAGAAGGUUUUCAUUAUAGGUGUACACCUUUUAAAAAGCCUUCAAACCCCGAAAACACACAGUCACAAAAUGUACAAACUCAGUAUGAUUUAGUAUCAGGGACUCAGUAUAACUCAAUCCUUCAGAGUCAAUCUCAGUAUCCGGGGAGUUUAAUAUCAGGUGCCCCUAGAGGGACUGGUACCCAGUUUGUAGAUUCCCAGGUACAAGAAACCGGCCUUUGUAGUAUGACUGGUGUAUUUGUAGAAUCACAAGUUGAGAAUGAUGAUGGUGCCGCUAAUACUUCUGGUGAUAUGUUUGAAGACAUUGUCUGUGAUAAUGAUGGUUUGAACUCUAAUGCCGUACAAAGAACUGGCCAUUCAAAGGAGAAGACAAAAGCUGAUAUAUGUUCUCAAGAAAUAUCUAGCUAUACACAAAGUCUAAAAUGUGAUAUAUCUCAAAAUGAUCCAACAGGAGAUACAUCUAAAUCAAAAGAGUUAUAUUCUGGUCAAAGUGGCUCUAAAUCAUCACAUGAAUUUAAAGAUGUGAAGAACACUGCAAUUAACAAAGAAUCAGAAAAUAAAGUCAAACAAAGGCAUGUGGAAAGUAUUAAAGAUGUCCAGACACUUGGGAUAAAUUCAGAAAUAAAUGUUAAAAAGACAGCUUUAAAAGAAGCAUCUACAUUGUUGAAUAUACAUGUAGUCCAACCAGCUUUGCCUACAACUCCCAAACCGGGUGCUUAUUCCCUGCAGGACAGAAUCAAGAAAAGACUCAUGGAGAAUGCUGGCAAGAGGACUCCACAAGGCCCUGGUGCUUUGGAACACCACCUUAGAGAACAGGUUUUGGAGAAGGUACAGCUAGAGACAGAGUUACUCAAGGAGAGGGCAGCGUCUGAUGUGGGACCCUUCUAUGGUCUGCCAUCAAAAGUGAAACAUUUGUUUGAAAAUCAUCGGGGAAUUACCUCUCUCUAUGAAUGGCAAGAUGAAUGCCUGAAGUUACCUGCCCUUGCUGACCGCCGGAACCUGAUAUACUCCCUGCCCACAAGUGGCGGUAAAACCCUGGUGGCGGAAAUCCUGAUACUCAAAGAGCUGCUGUGUCAUAAACGGGAUGCCCUGCUCAUUCUUCCCUUUGUGUCCAUUGUGCAGGAAAAAGUGCGGAACAUGUCCCAGUUUGCUGUUGAUCUUAACUUCCAUGUUGAAGAGUAUGCAGGGAGCAAAGGUCGAUUUCCACCUAUAAAUAGACGUGCAAAUCGCUCCCUCUACAUAGCAACAAUUGAGAAGGCCCAGUCGAUUGUUAACAGCAUGAUCGAAACAGAUAGAAUGGACAACUUGGGACUAGUUGUGGUUGAUGAGCUGCACAUGUUGGGAGAAGGGGGUAGUCGGGGUUCAACUCUGGAGGCCACCCUACUGAAAAUCCUUCACUCUGCAGGAGGAGGUGCCACACAGGUUAUUGGGAUGAGUGCCACAUUAAGCAACAUAGAGGACAUCACACAGUUCCUGAACGCUGAAAUCUACUCAAACAACUUUAGACCGGUUCAGCUGACUGAGUUUGUGAAGCUAACAGACAACAUCUACAAGGUAGAGCCAAAAGCCCUGGGACCUGAUGACCAAAUUACGCAUGAUCGUGUAGUCAACUUUGAGUACAAGCCGGAGAUGGUGAAGGUAGAUCCGGACCAUCUACUGGGCCUCGUGUUAGAAGUUGUACCACAGAACUCCUGUCUACUAUUCUGUCCUACGAAGAAAAACUGUGAGAAUGUGGCCCUCAUGCUGUGUAAACUCAUGGCAAAAUAUAGAAGGGAGUUGACAGAAGUCCGUCGAGUUGAGCGAAAAGCUCUACUGAAGGAGCUUUACAGUGACUCUGAGGGUCGUAUGUGCCCUACCCUUCAGUACACAAUCCACUACGGAGUGGCUUACCAUCACAGCGGACUUACCACAGAUGAACGCAAGCUCAUAGAGGAGGCAUACAGCGAAGGGAUACUGUGCCUACUGACGUGUACUUCUACACUGGCUGCAGGGGUCAAUCUGCCCGCAAAACGGGUGAUCCUGCGCAGUCCAUAUGUAGGCCAAUCUUUCCUGUCCCGCAGCCAGUACAAGCAGAUGGUAGGUCGGGCAGGAAGGGCCGGCAUUGAUAGCUCAGGGGAAAGCAUUCUGGUCUGUAAAGCGACUGACAAAAAUAAGGUUGUGGAUUUACUGUCCUGUCCAAUAGAGAAGUGUCAUAGCAGUCUUGUUUAUGAUGGUGGUCGAGGUAUACGAUCACUUCUCCUUUCUACCAUUGGGCUCAAGGUUACAACAACAACAGAAGACGUCUUUCGCUUCACAAACCGCUCUCUGGCUCAUAUACAACAGUCUGCACUGAAUGUUUCCAUGGCAACACUAUGCCAGGAGUCCCUACAGAAACUCAUCGAUUCUGGACUGGUUUUACAAACCAAGUCUCUGUCAGAGGAGCCAGAAAAGGGUGAAUCUGUGAUACACAGUCUAGAGGUCACACCGCUUGGAAAGGCUACUUUCAAAGGCCCUAUAGAUCCUGACUUUGCUGGGCUGCUGUAUGCGGACCUUAAACAAGCAGAAGAGUCAAUAGUCCUGUCCACACAUCUACACUUACUGUACCUAGUCACUCCAUAUGAUGUUGUCACUACUAUGAACCCAUCAUGGCAUAUAUACUUCAACCAGUAUGGAACAUUUGACCAAUCGGAGCUGAAAGUUGCCAGUUUGAUAGGAGUCCCUGAGUCAUACGUCGCUAAACGAGCAGCGAUGCAGAAAUCCAGACUGAAAGUGAAUGAAUUUGUUGUCAAGAGAUUCUACCUUACAUUGAUGUUGUACGACCUUUGGCGGGAAAAGUCUGUUUGGGAGGUGGCAGAAAAGUUCGAACAACCUAGGGGAUUUAUACAGAACCUCCUGUCCGGGGCCGCUAGCUUCGCCAGCUGUGUGGCACAUUUCUGUCAGGAACUGGAAGAAUUCUGGGCGUACAAGGACUUGCUUGGAAACUUUGUGCGCCGCCUGUCAUACUGUGUCACAGCCGAGCUUAUUCCACUCAUGGAGAUCCCCGGGGUCAAACUGGGUAGAGCUAGGCUGAUGUUUGCUGCGGGAUACAAGACCCUGAGCUCAGUGGCUGCUGCCAAGCCUGAAGACCUGGUCAAGGCAGUGCAAUACAUGCCUCGCAAAGUGGCAAAACAGAUUGUGGCUUCUUCUCAGCUGGUGCUGAGUGAGAAGAAAGAUGCCAUGAUGGAGGAGGUUGAUGCGUUAGUUUCUGUGCCAAAGGGAGUGGAGCCCACCGUUACCAUGGCGACCAUUCCAACACCAGCCCCUGUCACCCCAGCACCUGACUCACAGGCUUCAGACAUUGAUGGAUAGUAUUAGGCAUUGAUGUAAUAAGAUGGAAAAAGAUUUCCAUUGUUUCUAUAUUUUUGAAAUUUUCUUCUCUUUUUUGCUGCAUUUUUGAAAGGCCUCUCACUAUUUCUCAUCUGUUGUCAAAACCUAUUAUUCCUACUUUUUAGUGAACAAAAGCUUUUUGAUAGAUCAGUUCUAAUUCUUCAUUUGUUAAUUUUGUUGACCAAUUACCUUGUGAAGCAAACAGCUGUGCACGAGUUAUUUGAAACAAUGCUUAUCUGAAGUAGCCUGACUUGACUAUUUUUUUUAGACUUUAGACUGGAUACAGAGCUUAGUUUAUUCGCAGCUUUAUUAAAAAUUUAUAAAAAGUUAUUAAAAAUGCAUACUCAGAUGAUUUUUUUAAAACAAACAUACUUAAACUGUUGUAAAAAUCCUUAUUUUCUUACUUUUUCGUAGUGCAAAAUUCCACUUUCUCAUAUUUUGUCAAAAGGGGCUCCUACUUUGUUCUAUGGGAUAGUUGUGGAAAGCCUGUGGAACAUAUUCACUAACAUCCUGAGUCUGAGUUUUAGACUGAGACUCAGAAUACUGAUUUCUUAAAUGAUUUAAAGUAUCCAUCAUAUAAUAUUUACACCUCAACUUCCAUUCCUUAAAUGAACUGCCUUUGGCAAUUGCGUUUAUCAAUCGAUGAACUCAACAUCUUCGGAUAUGUUCGGAAUCGUAAUUCAUCGCAUAACAAUAUACAUGGAAUUGUUGAUCUUGUUAUUGUUUGUAUUGUGUCAGAAGGUCCCGUAAAAUAUAAAUCAACAUUUUAGAAAGUGUAAAUUUAUGAUAUCUUAAAUGUAUUGUUGCCAUAAGUGUUUCAAUUUGACGUUUAAAAGUGUUUUCAAAUGGUUGACAUUUUCCCGCGUUAUUGUGACGUCAUUUGAAAAAAUGUUUCCUGUUACAGUCGAGUUGUUUUAUUUACAGAAUGGGUAAGAAAGGAUUACUGAAAGGUUUUCUUAAAUGAAAUAAAGUUUUUUUUUACAUUUCUUGAAUGAAAUAAUGAACUAUUGGUGUAAA